CAAGGCCCUAACAACCCACCCUUUUUAAGUCUACAAGUUAGAACUCAUAAAAAUCAAAGCCAUAAGAAAGAGAUAUUCAUUUAUUGGCAUAAAAAAGAGAGAGAAAUUUCUCUGUUAAUUAUAUCCUUCUCUUCAUCUGCCGCUUUUUUCUCCUUUCAUCUCUACUCUCUCCACUCUCCAAUGGCUUCCACUGAAAUUGCCUACAACCUUUCCCCUAUGCUCAUCGUUUAUAAAGACGGUCGCGCCGAAAGGCUCGUCGGCAACGAAUUAGUCCAUCCCUCUCUUGACCCUUUAACAGUCGUUGAGUCCAAAGACAUCGUCAUCUCGCCAGAAACCCCCGUCUCUGCUCGGAUUUACAGGCCCAAACCCACCGCAGAACCUCACAAGCUUCCUCUUCUCAUUUAUAUUCACGGCGGCGGCUUCUGCAUCGAAUCAGCAUUCUCUCCUACCUACCACCACCAUCUCAACUCCUUAGUCGCUGAAGCCAACGUCAUCGCUAUCUCCGUCGAGUACCGGCGAGCUCCGGAGCACCCACUUCCGAUCGCUUAUGAAGAUUCCUGGACUGCUUUGAAAUGGGUUGCCGCCCACUCGGCUGGAACCGGCCCAGAGGAGUGGUUGAAUAAAAUUGCAGAUUUUAACCGGGUUUAUUUCGCCGGAGAUAGCGCUGGAGCCAACGUCGCUAAUAAAAUGGCGAUCCGGGUCGGAAUGGAAGGGGUGGCCGGGUUGAAUCUGAAGGGAUUGAUGUUGGUUCAUCCUUAUUUCUGGGGAGAGAAAUUGAUCGGAGAUGAAGAGAAGCUGAAGCCGGAAGAAAGAUGGUUUAUUGAGAAAUUGUGGUAUGUGGCUUGUCCUACUAUUAGCGGGUUAGAUGACCCGAUUGUGAACCCGGAAUUUGAACCGAAUUUAGGGAAGGUAACGGCGGAGAGAGUGGCGGUUUAUGUGGCGGAGAAGGAUGCUCUGAAAGACAGAGGACGGUUUUACAGUGAGUGUUUGAAGAAAUCGGGAUGGGGGGGCGCCGUCGAGGUGACGGAGACGAAAGGCCAAGGCCACGUGUUUCAUUUGUUCAACCCUACGUCAGACGAUGCGGUUCAAUUCGUCGGAAAGCUAGCGGCCUUCCUCAACGGCGGACCCCGAGAUUGAGCUGAUAGGAAGGAUGAAAUGAAAAAUUCCCCUCCACACCUCCUUCUUCGGCGGUGGAAUUUGAAGCAGUUUUCAUAUAAAUUUCCUUUUUUUUUUUUGUUGUUUUCAAUGAUUUUGUAAUUUGGAGGGGAAAAAGAAUAAAGGGAUUGUGAAAGUGAAAUAAGUUUUUUUCUCUGAAUUUAGAAUUUGCUUUUUCCUCGUUUACUAUGGUUGGUAGAAUGUGUAGUCUAAUAAUGAACUUUGUUUUCUUAUAUACAAAGGGAGUGGAUUGAAUUAUUCACUUCUAUUUUAUAAAAUCAUAUUAAUUAUAAAUUAUAGUUCA